AUGUCGAUAAACGACAAAAUCCCUACUAUUGUAAAUAGUCUAGGUUUCCCCCAUUUUGUAACAGCCUCUGCCUCGGGGAAAAAAGGAGGCCUUUUGUUAUUGUGGCGACUGGGUGUUGAUAUUGAACCGGUCAAUGUUAAUAGUAAUGCUAUUUCAGCUUUGGUUUACUCUGACCCUCCUAAUUAUCCUCGGUUAGUUUCUUUUGUUUACGCACCGGCUCAAUGGAAACAAAAAGCGAGUUUCUGGAAUCAUCUAGAUUCCAUUCACAGUUCUUUCACUGGUUCUUGGCUUUGCAUUGGUGACUUUAAUGAUUUAUUAAACCAGUCCGACAAAAGUGGUGGUAGACCAGUAACAUCUUCUUCUAUUGAGGGUUUGCAAAAUCUGAUGGACUCGUGUGGUCUUAUUGACAUCGGUUUCUCGGGACCCUCCUUCACAUGGUCAAAUAACAGAACAGGGAGAGCGUUAAUUAGAGAAAGAAUUGAUCGAGGUAUAGCAAAUGCUCAAUGGCGAUUACUAUUUCCAAAAGCUACUAUCCAACACAUAUCUUCUGCAGCCUCGAACCAUAAUCCCCUCUUGCUAAAUACGACAAAGAUAAUGAAAAAUCCCUCCUCUUUCAAGUUUGAAGAAUUCUGGAUCAGAGAGCCACUCAGCAAUAUUAUCAUCGAAGAAGCAUGGAAGAAGCAAUUCUAUGGAAAUCCAUCUUUCAUCCUAUGCAGAAAAACCAAGGAAACAAAAAUGGCACUCAAACUCUGGAACAAGAACCACUUCGGGAAAAUUCAAACAAAUAUUCAACAACUAGAGAAGGAAUUAAGCAAUCUUCAGAGCAACUCUCAAAAUUGUUGGAAUAUGCAGAAAGAGAAGGAUCUUCAUCUCAAAAUCCAAGAACAAAUGAAGCAAGAAGAAAUUCUAUGGAGGCAAAAAUCAAGAAUAAAUUGGCUCACAACCACGGAUCUGAAUACAAAAUUCUACCACUUGUCAACUACAAUCCGGCGCAGAAGGAAUGGAAUAUAA